UCUGGCAACCCUGUUCCUACUACUGUGUAGUGAAGGGAAGAUUAGAGCUCACUGUAAAUCAGUGACAACGGGGUAAUAACAGGGGGUAAUACAUCACUUGGGGGGUAAUUAUAUCGUAGUGCGUUUUUACUAGAGUUUUAUCAUCAUCAAGAGAAGUUUAAUUUGCGUUUUCGCAGCGUUAAAGACAGACUGAAGUGUACAUUGUUGACGAUGGGAAACGCCGCGGCCGCUAAGAAAGGCAACGAGUUGGAGAGCGUGAAAGAGUUCUUAGCCAAAGCCAAAGAAGAUUUCCUAAGAAAAUGGGAAUGUCCACCACAGAGCACAACUUGUCUAGAUGACUUUGACAGACUGAAGACACUGGGCACUGGCAGUUUCGGGAGAGUUAUGCUGGUGAAACAUAAAGGAACAGAGCAGUUCUACGCCAUGAAGAUCUUGGACAAACAGAAGGUGGUGAAAUUGAAGCAAAUAGAACACACACUGAACGAGAAGAGAAUAUUACAGGCCGUAUCGUUCCCCUUCCUCGUCAGACUCGAAUACGCCUUCAAGGAUAACUCUAACCUGUAUAUGGUGAUGGAGUACGUACCGGGCGGUGAGAUGUUCUCACAUCUACGAAGAAUCGGGAGGUUCAGUGAACCACAUGCACGGUUUUAUGCAGCACAGAUAGUCCUCACCUUUGAGUACCUCCACUCACUAGACCUCAUCUACAGAGACCUGAAGCCUGAAAACCUUCUCAUCGAUCAGCACGGCUAUAUACAGGUCACUGACUUCGGUUUUGCGAAACGAGUAAAGGGUCGAACCUGGACGUUGUGUGGGACCCCGGAGUACCUGGCGCCAGAGAUCAUCCUCAGCAAGGGCUACAACAAAGCAGUGGACUGGUGGGCUCUGGGCGUGCUCAUAUAUGAAAUGGCUGCAGGUUACCCGCCGUUCUUCGCUGACCAGCCCAUUCAAAUCUACGAGAAGAUCGUGUCUGGAAAGGUACGAUUCCCGUCUCACUUCAGCUCGGAUCUGAAGGACCUGCUAAGGAAUCUGCUUCAGGUCGACCUGACCAAGCGGUACGGCAACCUCAAGAACGGCGUCAACGACAUCAAAAACCACAAAUGGUUUGCUACGACGGAUUGGAUCGCCAUCUAUGAGAGAAAGGUGGAGGCUCCGUUUAUUCCGAAAUGCCGAGGCCCGGGAGAUACGAGCAACUUCGACGACUACGAAGAGGAGGACAUCCGUGUGUCCGUUACAGAAAAAUGUGCAAAGGAGUUUGCCGAGUUUUAGCCAUGGACACAUCAGAGCUAUACGUAUACAUAUAUACGUAUAUGUAUUUAUCUAUAUAAAUAUAUAUAUAUAUAUGAGUGUGUGUGACUGCGCAUGAAUGCGUGUGCGAGCGUGUGUAUAACCACACAGCAAAUGAAGUAAGAGGAUCUUUGCACUCUAAAGACACGGGGACGGAGCGGAGACCACAUCACGUCAGAGUUUCUGCGUAGCUCCUUCAUUCCGUCUGGUUCUUCAUCAAGAGGCCAACAAAAUGCCCUCGAGCUUUACACGUUACAUCAGACGCUCCACUCACUCACUCACUCACUCUCAUAUCCCUCUUUAUUAGCUUUUUUUUUUUUUUUUAAUUAUUAUUAUUUCAUUUUAUAAAUGUCUUGGAUGUUGUUUUAAAGCUGAAAAGGUUGUCAGAUGUUUUCAGGACUAGGACUUUAAAACACCGACACACACCGAGCACCAGUUUAUCCUCUGACUCCAGCCCUUCUGCUGUCCUACACGGUCAGGUGUGGCGUAAUAUAGCAGAAUAACAGAAACCAGGGGGUCUCAUAUGAACAUGGGGUUUUAUAGAUGCGUAUUUUACAACGGCUGACGUAUAGACAUCCAGCCACGAUUGCAGCAGCAAGCCAAUGAUUUCUUCAGUUCCUUUCUCAAACCUUUAGUACUGACCUUGAGUUCACAGCAACAUGAGCUCACAGUGAGUGCGGACUAAUUGUCCCAUUCAGACACUGACCCAAAGUCAUUGCUUUGUUUGUUUACGCAGCACUUUGCUUGCAUGCUGUGGAUCAUUUACUACAUUACUACAUCUACAUGUAUGUAUGUGUGUGUGUGUGUAUAUAUAUGAGAGAGAGAGAGAGAGAGAGAGAGACUUGUUCAGCUGAUGGACUUUUAUCUGUAAAUCUCCUGUUUCUAUGGAAACCUUUGCAUUCUAUGCUUUAUUACGCUUUACUACAUCCUCUGUUGUUAUUAUAAAACUAUGCCUCCGCCCCUCGCUGGGAGUUUGGGUUGUCCAUCUGAGAUCUCAAGAACAUGUGGCGAAACGUUUUUUAGGAUUUUUCUGGAGUCGUCAGCGUGACCCAGUCGAGUUCUUCUUGUUUACUGCGUUUGCAAAGACAUACUCUUUUGACGCAAGUAGAACUGAGUAAGGUUUAAGGAUCUUGUUUAUGAGCUCAGCAGUGAGCAGGCUGGAAUUUAAAUAUCUAACCUUCUGAGCAGUAGCCAAAAGCCUUAACCACCAGACUUUAUCUGGAAGCAUGUUAUGGUUUAGGUGUGUGUAAGCUUCAGGACGCGUCCCGUCCCGUACACUACAAUGUCAGCAACAUUUCUGUGCCUCAGAAGGAACCUAAUGAUACCUGAACUCUUCCAGAUGGAUGGAUGGAUGGAUGACAGCAGAGGGGCUGCAAGUAAUUGUAGUUGUUAUUAAUAAUAAAUAAAUAGUUGAGUUAAGCUGCAUGGUGGGUGAGAGUAAUAAAUUGGUACGUUGCUCAGACUUGAUCUCAGCAGUCACAUGUAGCUAUGAUUUGAAGGAACACGCGUCCUGCGUUUUGUCUGUUACCCGCUGUGUGCAAUUUUCUUUUCCUUCAUUUUGGAGUACCAGCAGCAGUUAUCUUACCUCACACUCAUCCACCGACCACUUUUUCCCCCUCCUCAGAUCCUCAGAUGGUGCUGCUUCUGUCUUGUGCAUUUCGAACCAUUUGGGGAUUAUUAUGAUGUUAUUUUAUUUGAUUUUGAAGAAUACUUCAGCCAGUGUUGCAAGCAUGACCAAAACGUCUGAGCUGUGGGUUUUGAUCCGUCACGACUGAACCCACAGAUCGUCUGUCGUUGAGUCGAGUGUUUCAGCGAUCGUUAGUGCAACCUGCACUUCCAAAAUAUCCUGACUUGCCCUGGCUUAUUUUUUUUAUUAUUAUUAUUAUUAUUUUUUUUUUUGCAUAAUUCUGUAUUAUUUUACAGCUUUGAUGUGUAUUCAUAGUUGGUGAGGAUAUAUCUUAAGAUGCCCUGGUUACAGCUUUCUGAUUUGGCUCAGAACAACUCAAAGUACUGUACAAUUACCUUAAACAAUCUGUAGCAGAUACCGUUUGCUGUGAACGUGGUUUCCUGUGUUUUUGUGGAAACCGACCCUGAGACACUCUUUUUGUUUUGUUUUGUUUGUCCCCCCACCCCCACCCUCCAACACACUACACAUUAUACUCCAGUUUCUGUCCUUUAUACUUUCAUUUGUAUGACUGAAUUUAGAGUUGCAACUCAUAGGGAUGGAUCUUGUUUGCGAUGCUUGAUUUCCAAGGUACAUUCUCACAGACACACCUACGUCAAAAAAUGAUUUGAAAAAGAAAAAAAAAAGAAAACAAACUGGGGUUUGUUAGCCUCAGCUCCUUUGUAUCACAGAAUUCAGUUACUGUUCUGCUCAUAAUGCAUAUAUGCAUUGUUUCUUAUAUAUGUUUUUAUUUAUACACAUUAGAGACGCUAAUAAAUUUUAUUUUUAAAAUUG